AUGGGAUGGACAAAUCACUCCAUGGUGACAGAGUUCACUCUUGCGGGGUUCGGUGAUCGCCCUGAGCUGCAGGAAGUGCUCCUUGUGGUGUUCCUCACCAUGUACUUCAUCAACCUAGUGGGAAAUGUGGGGAUGAUCCUCUUAAUCCACUGUGAACCCAGGCUGCACGCCCCCAUGUACUUCUUCCUAAGCCACCUGUCCCUCCUGGACAUCAGCUUCUCCUCCAGCAUCAUCCCAAAGUUCCUCCUCAGCCUCCUGACAGGGAGCAGAACCAUCUCCUAUAGGGGAUGUCUCACUCAGCUUUACUUCUACGUCAUGUUUGGCACAGCAGAAUCCUUCCUCCUGGCUGCCAUGGCAUAUGACCGCUACGUGGCCAUCUGCAACCCACUCCGGUACACAGUGGUGAUGUCCCAGGGACUGUGCCUGCGCCUGGUGGUCAGCUGCUAUGCUGCAGGGGCCCUCAACUCCGCCGUGCAAACGGUGGCCAUGCUUCGCCUCUCCUUCUGUGCCUCCCACCGCCUGGACCACUUCUACUGUGAAGGAGCACUGCUCUUUGCCCUCUCGUGCUCUGACACCAGCAUCAAUGAUGUCUUGAUGCUCGUCUUUGCCAGCUGCACGGUGGGCACCACCAGCACGGCCACCCUGCUGUCCUACGGCUGCAUCCUGGCCACCGUGCUGCAGACUCGCUCCCGCAGGGCCAGGCAUAAGGCCAUCUCCACCUGUACCUCCCACCUCUCGGUCACUCUCCUCUUCUACGGGGCGCUCGCCUUCAUGUACAUGCGGCCUGGAGCCAAAAGGUCAGUCAAGCUGGACAAAGUGGCUUCCAUCUUCUACACUGCCAUCACCCCCAUGCUCAACCCCUUUGUCUACAGCCUGAGGAACCAGGAGGUGAGGGCUGCCCUGAGCAGGGUGAGGAGGAAGGCAUUGCUCAUGUGUCACAGACAUCGGGGCAGCUUUUAG